AUAGCUCCUUGUUCUGCUCCUUGUCUGGGCCAGGGUGGGCACUUCAAGAGGCUCCUCCUGUGAGAAGCACCAGACUUUUCCCCUCCUCUCUGCUGACUUAGCAGUGCACUGUGGGCGUGGAGGAAUUAAUCAGUGACAGGAAGCAGCCUCUUGCGGAGCAGUGGCUGGCUGUGGUCAGGACAGCCUCGGCAAGGCCAGCCCCAGGAAUCUGUCCCGCUUCCUGCAGCUGCUCACCCACCUAGCUGCUCCUGCCAUGGGGCCCCUUGGAGCCUUCCUCUUCCUCUUGGGGGCCCUGGGGGCUCUUGCUGACAUCUGUGAAAUACCAGAAGUGGACAGCCACCUGGUAGAGAAGCUGGGCCAGCACCUCUUGCCUUGGAUGGACGCACUCUCCCUGGAGUACCUGAACCCCAGCAUCUAUGUGGGCCUGCGCCUCUCCAGCCUGCAGGCUGAGACCAAGGAGAACCUCUACCUGCAUAGACUCAAGCUCUAUCACCAGCAAUGCCUCCUGGAGUCUGCCUCCAGUGACGAUAACAGUGACUGCCAGACCAAGCCUUCCAGGGGCCACCUGGCCCUCUACCUGCUUGCUCUCAGAGCCAAUUGCGAGUUUGUCGGGGGCCACAAGGGGGCCAGGCUGGUCUCACAGCUCAAGUGGUUCCUGGAGGAAGAGAAGAGGGCCAUUGGGCACGAUCACAAGGGCCACCCCCAGACCAGUUACUACCAGUACAGCCUGAGCAUCCUGGCCCUGUGUGUCCACCAGAAGCGGCUCCAUGACAGUGUGGUGGGCAAGCUCCUGUAUGCUAUAGAACAUGACCAGCAUCUCCAACAGGGCCACCUCUCUGUCGACACGAUGGCCAUGGCAGGCUUGGCCCUCACUUGUCUGGAGAACUCCAACUUAAACCCUGAUCAGGGACAACGGAUCACCAUGGCCAUUAGGACAGCACGAAAGAAGGUCCUGAAGGCCCAGACCCCCGAGGGCCACUUUGGGAAUGUCUAUAGCACCCCACUAGCACUGCAGUUGCUGAUGACCUCCCCCAUGUCCAGGGUGGAACUGGGCACAGCAUGCCUCAAGGCAAGGGCUGCUCUGUUGGCCAGCCUGCAGGAUGGGGCCUUCCAGAAUGUUCUCAUGAUCUCCCAGCUGCUGCCUGUCCUAAACAACAAGACCUAUGUGGAUCUCAUCUCCCCACACUGCCUGGCACCAAGAGUCAUGAUGAGACCAGCUACCAAGACUCUCUCACAGACCCGAGUCCCAGAGAUCAUCAGCGUCACACUGAAGGUCCCCAGCAUCUUGCCAUUAUACAAACAAUCCAUCUCUGUCUUUGCCGGGUCCUCCUUGGAAGAUGUCCUGAAGACGGCCCAGGAGCUAGGAGAAUUCACAUAUAGAACACGAGCCACCUUGUCAGGCCCCUACGUGAUCUCCGUGAUGGGGAAAGAGGCUGGCGAUCGUGAGUUCUGGCAGCUCUUACAAGCCCCUGAUACCCCCCUGCUGCAGGGUAUUGCUGACUACAGACCCAAGGAUGGUGAAACCAUCGAGCUGAGGCUGAUUCGCUGGUAGCCCCUGGGCUCCCUCACCCCAGCAGCCUCGCACACUCCCAGGGCUUCUGCCCUCCCACCCGACAUCCCUGGAACAGGCACUUACCUGAUCCUGCAGUCCCCUCCCAUGUGCUUGGACUAAUGUCUCCUGGAGGACCCCAGCCACUACCCCUAUGAGGGUCCUAAGCUACAGCCCACCCUGGAGCAGGGAGCCAAGCACCUUCUCUGCAAAGUCUGUCAGCCCAGGUCUGGCCCAGCCUGGCCCUUCAGGCCUUUGGUGAAGACCACCUUGUGAUCUGAAGGGCGUGAAGCAUCUCAGACUACUUGGCAGAAGGAAGAGAAGCAGUCUGCUGGCUGCUGGUGUUGUGAGUACCACCACACUGGGUUUGGGGCCCUACAAGGAAGCCUCCAUGGCCCAAGGGCUGUGGCCCUGACCUCAGCUCUCCAGUCGGUGUCAGGGUGGCAGCCCCAGAUUUGGUUGUGGCACAGUAGUUGGCGAGGCCUCAGCAGGCUGCUCAGUGCCCACCUCUGAUAUAAUUAAAGCAUUGAUUGGCUCUUGCUGCAGCA